AUGGAUGAGCAUCACCAACUAGAAGAUUGUCUCGGUGUUCCAUGCGAGAAGUGGUCUAGUGUAUUCCGCGCGGCUACCGUUGUUCGAGAUCUUGCAGAUAUUGCCGAGCAAAUUGAAGCACGAAAAGUCAGUGAGAAGGAGAUAACAUGCGAAAAUCUGCGAUGUCUUCUUCUUAGCGUUGCGACUAUCUUCUAUGGGGUUGAGGAGUAUGAUUUUGAGCCUAACUGA